AUGGACCCUCAGAAGGCGCGACAAUGGCGUCCCGAGCCCAGCAUCAUGGACUACAGUACACGCGAUGCUGUGAUCUAUGCUCUUGGCCGUAAGUAGUGUUAAUGGGGAUUUGAAAUACGUGGUUAAUAUAUAUUUUUUAACAAGGUUUAGCAACUUUUUAUCAACAAGUUGAUUGAUUACAGAUCAAUAUUAACAUAGCUAGUGACUAAUUACGGUUUGCAGUGUAAAAAUAAUAUCUUCGCAACAAUUUUGUGGUAAACAAGGUCGAAUAUAGGGGUUUUAAAUACACAUAGAUAAAAGCAAAAUUUUACAUUUUAAACUUAAAAUUUAGAUUUAAAUUUAAAGUUCUAACCAUCUGCGUCAUCUCAAAAAUUUCAAAAAUAAAAAAAAAGAUUUUUACGUACUGUAGUGAAAUAUUUUAGUUGGAUGUAACGUCAAGGACGAUUUACAGUAUCUCUAUGAGAAUCACCAAGACUUCCAAGUGUUCCCAACGUUUGUUGUUCGACCUGGACUAACCUCAAUUUCAUUGGAUGGUGCUCCAGGUAUUUUUACGUUUAAACUUUAUUUUUAAAAUGAAAAAAUGCUUUUAUUAUACGUUAUGAUAUAUAUUAUUCAAGCAACUAAUCCACUAAUAAUAUAUUUUGUAAAAUACGGCUUUAAAAUCAGUCAGUUAAAAUACAUUUCAGGUAUUGCAUUUGAUUUGCAAAACAUUUUACAUGGUGAACAAUACAUUGAACUGAUCAAUCCCAUCCCGGACGAUGGCCAAUUCCGAACUGAAGUUCAAAUCGUAGACAUCUUGGACAAGGGAAAUUCAGCUGUUAUUGUCACUAAUGGUAUGCCAUUUUUAAUAGAGUAGUCUCUCAAUAUAAGAAGUUGAAAUGAAAGUGCAUUUUGUAUGACUAUAGCGUUGGUUGAGCUAAAGUGGACGUGGGUAGGCUUGCUUAGAUAGAUUAUAAUUGGCAGUGUUAGGCUUAGGCAGGGCUAAGAGAGCAGGGCUAGACUUGAGAGGACUAUAAUGAGCAGGACUACGCUCUGCUAAAGCUAGAAAGAGCUAAUUUUUGAAUUCACGUGAAGAAUGUUUCAGCUACAACUUAUGACAACAAGACCAAUCAAAAGUUGGCAGUCCAACAAUUUGGAACCUUCCAAGUAGGAUCAGGCAAAUUUGGAGGUAAUCGUACCAAUCCUGGAGAGAAAACAGCCGUGCCAGUACCAAAACGAACCCCUGACAAGGUGUUGGAGCUUCAAACUACUGUAGAUCAGGUAAGAUAUUCACAAUUUACACUGCUGUUGAUCGAGUAAAUGAUAAUGUUGAUAUAAGUAUAAUUAAUAAUAGUCUUAAUGAAUGAAUAUUGUGUGGUAUUUUUACACUUUUAUUAUAUUAUAGUAACUACCUAUAUUAAGUAUCAAGUAAAACACUAUAUAUAGCUAUUCAUAUCUUACUUAUGAUCUUACAGGCAGCUCUGUACCGUCACGGUUCAGGUGAUAUGAAUCCUCUGCAUAUUGACAAACAAUUUGCCAAAGUUGCCGGCUUCAAACAACCAAUCCUCCACGGCCUUUGUACUAUGGGAGUAUCAACUCGUGCUGUCUUGAAAGCUUACGGUAACAACGAUGGCAACAACUUCAAGGCUAUCAAAGUCAGAUUCUCUGCUCCAGUCGUUCCUGGACAAACGCUGAAGGUCGAGAUGUGGAAGGAGGGAAACAGAAUCCAUUUCCAAACCAAGGUAAGGUCGAUAUUUAGUUUGUAAAGGUACUAUAUAUUAGAGAAGACAGUUUGAAAUGACAUUUAAGUGGAUUCAAAGUUAAUAUUAACUUUUGAUCUUUAGAAACCAAACAAGUAUUACACAAAAUAUAGCCAAAUUCUCACAAAAAAUAUUGUUUUAGGUCAAAGAAACGGACAAAAUUGUCAUUUCAAGCGCUUACAUUGACUUGAAGUCGGCUUCAGCUACUGCAUCUUCUGAAGUCAUUUCUGCUUCCUCAGAAGAAUUAGUUUCCGAUGCCAUUUUUGCACAAAUCAACGAGCAACUCCCUCAUCAACAAGGAAUUUGCAAGAAGAUCAACAGUAUUGUGCUGUAUGACAUUACCAAGAAUGGCAAACAUGCUGCUUAUUAUAGUAAGUUACUCUACCUUAUUCUAUCUUUCUUUACUAUAUUUUAAUUAACCUAACAGUUUAUGUCCAACCCUACUCAACCCAGAAUGUCUAAUACAAACUUCGUUUAUUUUCCACAAUUAAAUGUAUUUUUACUUUGUCUUAUCUACAAUUAUACCUAAAACAACAUUUUAUAGCACUUGACCUGAAGACCGGCCCAGAAGGAAAAGCCUUCAAAGGAGAACCCAAAGAAAAGCCGGCUGUCACAGUGAUUGUUGAUGACCAAGACUUCUUGAAGGUAGUCACUGGUGAAUUGAGUGGAAUGAAGGCCUUUAUGAGCGGAAAGCUAAAGGCCCGAGGUAAUGUUUUGGUCCUUCAGAAGCUACAAGGAGUUUUGUCUGGCGCUACACAAUCCAAACUCUAA